AUGAAUCUAGAAAGGGUAGGCGACAAAGUGAGGUGUCGCGCUUUCCCGGUCACCUUGGCAGGGCCUGCAAUUCGGUGGUUUAACAGCCUCCCACAAUGUUCUGUGGUCACGUUUUUAGACAUCACCCGCGCCUUCCUGGCCCAGUUUACUACCCGCAUUGCAAAGGAAAAACACACGAUCAACCUCCUCGGGGUGACGCAAAGAGCCGGAGAACCGACCAGGAAAUACCUGGACAGGUUCAAUGACGAGUGCUUGGAGAUCGACGGCCUAACCAACUCAGUGGCCAGUUUAUGUUUGACGAAUGGGUUGCUGAAUGAGGAUUUUAGGAAGCACCUUACCACCAAGCCCGUGUGGACGAUGCAAGAAAUCCAAAAUAUGGCCAGGGAGUAUAUCAAUGAUGAAGAAGUCAGUCAGGUUGUGGCAGCCAACAAGCGGUAA